AUGGAAAGAAACAAGGAAGAUGAAUCUGGAAUGGAAAAAAAGGAAAGUGAAAUGGUCAUAUAUAAAGGAAGCUUGCGAGAUUCUAGUGUUGAAGAACCUGAUGUUAGUUUGGCUGAUGAUCUGAAUGAUGUUGUCAACAAUAAUGUUGACAUUCUAAAUGAUGUGAUAGAAAAAUCAAUAGAUCCAAACCCUACUGCAAAUAAUGAUGAAGAACCUGCUAAUGAUGAAAAUCGUGAUGAAGUUGAAAAGCAAAAUUGUGAAGAGGUAUCGGGAGAAGAUGGAGUUCAAAAUAAUAUGGAAAAUGAAACCGAGGAAACUAGCCUAGAAGAACAAAAAAUGUUGAAAGAUGUGAAGGACAAUCAGUCCCACAUUCUAGAGACAAAGUCACCAAUGCAUCAAGACAAUGAAAAUACUUUCUCUGAGAAAAAUGCUACUCAAGAUGAUGAGAACAUGGUUAACACCAUCGUUGAGGAUGACAUUGGUAAGUUUGUGACUAACAAUGUUGAUGCAAAUAUUGAGAAUGUUGAUGUGGAGACCCUUAGUACUCCUACUAAUAAUAAAAAGAAGAAGUGUGAAAAGAAGAGUAAAAAGAAGGCCAACAAGAAGAACAAUAUCCUCAAACUCAAAAGACCCCCGUAA